AUGCGAGAAUGGUGGUCCACCAGCCGUGGAGCGAAUCGAACCUGGUGGCAUAGGCGGGCACACGCUCCUCGCUGUCCCUCUCACACUCUUUCUCUCUCGGUUGAAGUCUCCCACACCCAGGGUGCUUUCAUCGGCGGUAACAGCGGUGAGCACGCGGAGCGUCGUAAAUCAACUGCUGCAGAUGAUGAUCGUUGCCCUGUUCAAAAUCCAAGACGGCCCGGCGCAGGACCAAAUGGACCAAAGGGUAAAAGGAUAUACCCGGAGAAGUUCUGGAUCAUGCUGGAAAAUGCCACGACGGCCGAGGCGAGUCGGCAGAAGGGAGUCACGGGGCCUCAUUCGGUCAGGAAGACCCCUUUUUGA